AUGAUGUUUCUCAGAGGGAGGUUAACAAGAUCAAAUUACGUCGUUACAUGGUUUGCGAAUCGCAUGCUGUUUUCCAUCUUCGUUUCUUAUGCAGUAGCGGUCUUGUUGUGCUCAUCUCACCCAUUUUGCUGUGCUAGAGAUACAGUAACAUACGACACUCCAAUUACCGACGGUGUUGAAUCAGAAACUCUUGUUUCGUCUGGUGGAAGAUUUGAACUCGGAUUCUUUAGCCCUUCACCUGAAGGGACUCAAAGAUAUGUUGGCAUAUGGUAUCACCAACCGAGUCCGAGGACAGUGGUAUGGGUUGCCAACAGAGAAAAGCCAGUUGACAAUUCCACUGGUAAUGGAAGUCUUGCACUCCAAGAUGGUAACCUCCAUGUGUUGGAUGCUGCUGGAAAGAGGUACUGGUCAACGGAGGUUGAAACAUCCGAGUCUUUGACGCAGACUGUGACGCUCAUGGAUUCCGGGAACCUUGUUCUAAGCAGUGGUCAUGAUAAGUUGGCAGUGAAUAUUCUGUGGCAGAGCUUUCAAAGUCCAACCGAUACAUUCAUUCCUGGGAUGUUAAUGGAUAAAAGCUUGGUGUUGACUUCAUGGAGAGGCGAAGAUGACCCGAAAAGCGGGCAAUUCAUCUUCAAAAAAGAUCCAGUUGGAGAGGACCAGUAUGUCAUCACAAAAUCAAAAUCAGAUUUAGAAUCGAUUCUGUACUGGAAAGGCGGAGAACGGGCAACUGAUGCAUUUUACAGCUUUGAUCAAAUGCUUCCUGCGGUUACUUACUUACUAUCAAAUUUCAGCAAGAAAUAUGUUGAAAGAAAUUACCCCAAGAUUUUCGGUUCUCCGAGUCAAAACUCUUAUAAAAAUAUAGCAAUUCCGCCACAAUCAGAAUACAAAUAUACAAGGUUGGUGAUUAACAUUACUGGAGAGAUACAGUUUCUGAGGUGGAUUGAAUACACAAAGCAGUGGAAUUUGAAUUGGUCAGCGCCAAGAGAUGAAUGCAGUGUGCUUAAUGCUUGCGGAAACUUUGGCAGCUGCAAUGAUAAUAAUAUGCCGUUUCUGAGCAAAUGUUUGCCAGGUUUCAAACCCCUGUAUCUAGAGAAGUGGAAUUCUGGAGACUUUUCAGAUGGAUGCGCAAGAAAGUCCGCAUUAUGCAACAAGAAUGAUACCUUCUUGAGCUUGAAGAAGAUGAAAGUGGGAAACCCAGAUUCAGAAAUCAACGUUGACAAUGAAACAGAAUGCAGGAACGUGUGCUUAAAUAGGUGCCGGUGCAAGGCUUAUUCAUAUGCUAAAUCUGAAAACAAUAGUUAUCGAAGGGAAGCGAGUACUUCAUUGUGCAGAAUAUGGAACGUGGGAGAUCUAAAUAAUCUUGAAGAAGAGUAUAACAAUAUGGGCCAAGACCUCUGUGUUCGUGUUGCGUUGUCUGAUUUAGGUAUUCUUCCUCUGAAGUUCUCAGAAACUAUUAAGUGA